AUGGACCAGUCGACGGUGACAUUUCUUAUUACUAUAGUGAUUGGUUUCGUGCUUUUAAGAUGGUUCACGCAGUCAGAUCAGCAUCCAUCAGCUCAACAACUUGCUGGUGAGAACAGAGCGGGUGAGAGAAAUGGUGCUAGAGGCCAGCAGAUUGGUGAUUCGCCACGUCAGAGGACAGCAAGACAGGUUAGAAGAAACGUGACACCAGAUAUGAUCCAAGUCGUCCAAAGUUUGGCUCCUCAUUUGCAUGUUGAGCAGAUUAGGUAUAAUUUGGAACAAACAGGGUCUGUUGAAGAGACUGUGGAAAGAUUUUUGAGAGGUGACAGUUUCCCUUAUCCACCGGGAUACCGGGCUUCCCCAACGAAUAGGGCUUCGCCAGCAGCUACGCAACAAGAGCAUGGAGAUCCAAGAAAGAAGAACAAUAUAAGGCCUGAUAACUUGUUAGAGAAAUUCAACGUUGAUCCUAACGAUGAUUUGAGCGCGGAAGACUUUAAAGAGUUGGAUGUGGAAGGUAGAAAAAAGUUCAUGGUGUGGCAGGCGAGAAAGAAUAUGGAAAAGAGGCUCGAGAAUGAUGAGAGUUUGAAGAGUUUGCUGAAUUGA